AUGUCUGUCAGUACGACAAUCAGUAAGGAGGGUCAUGUACUAACCAGUGAUCAGCAGAGGAUGGUAUGUGGGGAUUUUACAGAGGAGGAUGUAAAGAGAGCAUUGUUUGCCAUUGAAGAUAAUAAAGCAUCGGGUCCAGAUGGGUACACAAGCCACUUUUUCAAGAAAGCUUGGAGUUGUAUUGAUCCAGAAAUCACUGCAGCCAUUUUGAAUUUUUUUCAGACUGUUGAUCCAGUUCAAAGUGCAUUUGUGGAGGAUAGACGUAUUAUGCACAACAUUUUAAUCUGUCAAGACAUGUUAAAAAUGUAUAAGAGGAAGGAGUUGCCUGCUAGAUGCACUAUCAAAGUGGAUCUUAGGAAAGCUUAUGACUCUCUAAGUUGGAGUUUCAUUGAAGAGUUGUUGUGUGGUUUAAAAUUCCCAAAGAAGUUUGUAGAUUGGCUCAUGCAGUGUAUUACUACUACAUCAUAUUCAUUGAGCAUAAAUGGUAGUAUUUGUGGCUUCUUCAGUGGGAAGAGGGGUAUCAGACAAGGGGAUCCCAUCUCCCCUUUGAUUUUUGUAUUGGCCAUGGAGUAUCUUACCAGGUUGAUGAAGAAGAUGAGUAAAAGAGCAGAAUUCAAGUAUCACUACAGAUGUGAGAGUUUAAAACUUACUCAUAUCAUAUUUGCUGAUGAUUUGAUGAUGUUCUGUAAGGGGGAUCCACAUUCAGUUGCUUUGAUAGUGAGAACUCUUAAGGCCUUUACAGCUACAUCAGGUUUGGAAGCUAGUCCUGCAAAAUCUGCCAUCUACUUUGGAAAUGUGAAAGUAAAUGUGCAAUAUAGCAUUCUCAGGGUCUUUGGCUAUAACAAAGGUGAGUUCCCCUUUCAUUAUCUAGGGGUUCCAAUCACCACCAAGAAACUUAAGAGGGCUGAUUGUGAUGUUCUAGUAGAUAAAAUCUUGAAGCAGAUCAUGUGCUGGUCAUCCAGACAUCUCUCUUAUGCUGCAAGAGUCACACUAGUGAAUUCUGUGUUGCUAAGCUUGCAUAUCUACUGGACACAAAUAUUUUUGUUGCAUGAAGGAGUGCUUAAUAAAAUUGUGCAAAUAUGUAAAGCUUUCCUGUGGGAAGGGAGGGUCAAUCUAUUGAAAAUUCCCCCUGUUGCAAACAAAGAGGACUCUCUAUGGAUAAAAUGGAUUCACUGUGUCUAUUUGAGGGAGAUGGAUUGGUGGACAUAUGAACCACUUGCUAGUGCUAGCUGGGGAUGGAAAGCUAUAUGCAGAGUGAAGAACAUUUUCAAAGUGCAUAUACUGGCAAUAGAUGGUUAA